CAUGGUUCAUUUUUAUCUAACACCUAUUCCAAGCAUAUGCGGGUGAUUGCACAUCGCCUCCAUUCCACAACAUUCCUGGCAGAGCAACAAUUCAACGACCCGCUUUCCAUUGCGGCGUCUGAAGAAUGCAGAGUGUCAGGGAAGAUGGGCGAUAGUGACGCAGAAACUCUGUCACAGGUACAAGCGACUGCCUUGCUCCCAAGAAGUUUGAUGGCAUGCCCGCCUUGCAGCCACGAUGUGCACCCUUCAGGUAAAGAAGCGGGUAGCGGGUUCCAAGCGGCGUUUGAGCCUGUGACGACGACGAAGCUGCUCCACAAACGGAAAGUGCAAUCCAUCCUGAGGGUCUCCGGCACCGAGGAUUGCGCGGCGGCACAACGAGAGGCACUGGAGCGGGAAAAACCAUGGACGAUCUGCUGGGGAUCACCGACCCCAAUCACAAGAACAACCCGACCCUCAAAACGGGAGCGGACGGAAGAGACGAGGACCUCGAACGCAACAGAUUGCAGGGCUAGGACGUUGUCGCGCGAGUCCGUUGUGGCCUUCUCCAGUUGUAAGGAGCCCAAAGGCUGAGAAAACGCCUUCAAAUGCACCAACGUUCGCUACGCAACGCUAGCAAAGGCUUGAGUUUGAUACUCUCUUUUCAGAGGCUCCCUUAAGAUGGCCAUGAGCUCCUAGAUCACCACCUGAUAUUUUCUCCGUGGACCCGACAUUUGAAAAUGCGACUGUUUUUGCUCUCCCCCGGGUAGAUUCGCUCUUCCCCCCGCAUGCCGUACGUUCACGAAAAGGGCCG